UCUCAGCCCACCACGGCGAGAUUCUCCAAGGCUUUACAUUCUCAUUAUCUUCCGUUGGGAGGUGGUUCCAUCUGGCCAAGCUGGCAAGCAUAGCGGCAGAGAGCCACAAACGCAUGGGAAACGAGCAAGAUGUUCAUCUCCUGGUCCUUGAACUCCGAUAUUUCCAAUCGUUCCGAAUCAGACCCGCCGCCUCCGAAAACACCCAAGCCUAGAAUCCGGUCCCGCAACGGCUGCUUUACGUGUCGACGGAGACGGGUCAAGUGCGACGGUGCGUGCUUCCUUCCCUCUCGGCUCGGGGUCAAGGGGAACCCCAUGUUUUACAUGCCACUUUGCUAAACAGUACCGCUGGUCGGUCGCGGCUUUCAGAAGCUCGUCCGAUAUGCAUGCGCUGUCAACGAUCGAAGAACCGCUGCAGCUACAAACUCCGUAUUCGGUGGGAGGAUGAUAUGCGUAAGGCGGGAAAGUGCCAUGGGCGGGCUGGUGUUGGGUUGAAGAAGAGUUCGUCGCCAGGUACGCAAUCUGAGCAGGGAGACGACGAAAAGGAAGACGAUGAUGAUGAUGACGAAGAAGAUGAUGAAGACGAGGAAGAUAAUGAAGAGGGGGGAAAUGAGGAAGAAGAAGAAGAAGAAGAAGAAGAAGAGGAUCUUUCAAAAUUGACACGGACCCGACACAAGGACCAUCAUGCCUGUCAUGAAAAAUCUAUGUUGAUCCUCACUCCACACUCCUCGCACAGUCCAAGGCGGGCCGUUACAUCUGCAUCUACCCGUUCAAUUGCAACUACUUACGGUUAUAAGAAUCGCUAUCGUCAUUGGAAAGAGAACAAGGCCCAUUUGCUUCGAAUCGCCCCCCAGGAAUUGCCAUGGAGUAUUGGAAUACCCGAUGCCGAUGAUGUGUGCUUGUCAUUCUAUAACUCAGUGAUGUGCGCCGUGGCCGUCACCGUCGACGAUGAGCACAACAAUCCACUGCGCGGUACGGUGAUGCGCAUGGUAUUUAGAUCGGAAUUGGCAUACUGCGCAGUUCUUAUGACCAGUGCGCAAUAUUUGCGAUCGAUCGACAGCCGGUUUAAAGUCCUGGAGAUACAGGUUCGGCAGAGAGUGCUUGCAGGGUUACGAGCAUCAUUGGCAAGAGAAACGUGGGAUUGGGCUGAUGUAUUGGUGCCAAUUAUAUUCAUCUGCUCUUCAGCUAUAUCCCAAAGCUGCGACGCCACCUGGGUUCAGCAUUUCGCCUGCUUCCAGCUGUUCAUCAAGCAGAUGGUUCGCGGACACAGGACAAGCAGUGUGCCAGUGCUUUUCAUUAGCUAUUUCUCUGCCCACCUUGUUCUAGCCAAGUCACUUUUCCCCAUCGACAAGGCGCUGCCUGUUGUCAAUAUUUCACCCACCUCGGCAUUACCAUCGAGCACCGAGGAGCCCUUCUGGACCUCCACGGCAGCACUAUCUAAAGCGAUGAACCCGGACACCCUCCACCACAUCGACAUGUGGAAUGGGGUCAGCAACAGCAUACUCCUACUCAUCAACGAUAUUCUAAGCCUCAAAGACGACGUCGCGGCCUUACACCAGUCGCCUGCCUUCCAAGCCGAACAACGAACGGCCAUCGAGACGAAAAUCGCCACCUUGCAGGACAGCGUGCACACUAUUAUACAAGAACUCCCCGAAUCGCUGCGCCAACUCCCAUACUCAUCCGAAACCGCCCGUAGAUGCCGUCUGCUAGAGUACACUAGCCAAUCCUACAGUUUCGCCGCCUGUCUGCUCCUUUCGGAGGCCUCCACCCCGGCCUUCCUGGGCUACACCAGUCAAGCUGACAUUGGCUUGAGCGCCACGCAGAAGCAGCGGCAUGUCGAUCUCAUGCUCACCCUGAUUGGCGCGGUCGUCUCCACCGUCGACUAUCUCCCGAUCUCCUGGCCUCUAUGGCCCCUUUUUAUCGCCUCCUGCUGCGGGGCCUCGGACUCCGACAAAGCCCGCGCUCUGGCCCUGUUUCACUCUGCCCGCGAGAAAGCCCCCUACGAGAACAUCCUGCGGGCCCAGACUGUUGUGGAACUCCUCUGGAAACGACGCAAAGUAGGUGCCCAAGGGGAGAGGCCGCGGGUCGGUCGCUUUGAGUGGGAGCUCGCCCUGGAGUUUCUGGGAUGGCAGACCAGUUUUGCUUAAUAAUUGAUGCUAGAUAGUACUCCGUACAGAUUUCCCUUUUUUUUUUUUUUUUUU